AUGCUCGGCUUACGACCAACCUUGAAGGCCCGGCCGUCGCUAGUGGAUCUCCUUCGGGGGAACAGUGCUGGAAACAACACCAGUGGCAGCAGCAGCAGGCCCAGCACUCCCACAGCUACAGGUACUAGCCCUCCUAAUACUGACCCAGAGCCAGCGUCGGAGCAGCAACAGCACCACCAGCACCACCAGCAACAGCCAGAACACGCUAAAGCCACAGCGAGGUUAGUGAACGACGCACUCGCUAUAGCUUCCACCCAAUCCCUGCCUACCACCUGCAGUCCCGUGCCAUCACCGACAGCUUCCACAGCUGCGAGCACCGUUGCUGCAGGUAUUAUUAUUACAUCUACAUCUCCAAACUCCCCUUCGACACCAGCACCGCCACCUCUUGCUGCCUCAUCGCCUGCAGCUUCACCUCGCCCUACCAUCCCUUCGGAAUCCCUACCUGAAGCUGCCCAGGCCUCGAAACCAGUCACACAAGCUUCCAAGAUGGCCCCGUCUGCGAAAGCCACUAAUGGCGACAAUGAUGGGCUCAAUUCUGGCAGGGUCUAUUCCGUCUCUGGGCCUGUCGUUGUUGCCGAAGAUCUGCUCGGUGUUGCUAUGUACGAGCUUGUCAAAGUCGGUCACGAUGAACUGAUUGGUGAGGUCAUUCGAAUCAACGCCGACCAGGCCACCAUCCAGGUCUACGAGGAAACUGCCGGUCUGACUGUCGGUGAUCCUAUCCAGCGAACUGGAAAGCCCCUAUCCGUCGAGCUCGGCCCUGGUUUAUUACAUAACAUCUACGACGGUAUCCAACGCCCACUCGAGAAGAUUCAGAAGCAGGCUCAGAGUAUCUACAUUCCCCGUGGUGUCGCUGCGCCAGCCCUGGAUCGUGAGAAGAAAUGGGAGUUCACACCCACAAUGAAGGUGGGUGACCACAUUUCAGGUGGUGACGUAUGGGGAACUGUCUUCGAAAACUCCUUUAUCAAAGUCCACAAGAUUCUGCUGCCGCCUAGAGCCAGGGGAACCAUCACAAAGAUUGCCCCCAAAGGCGAGUACACCGUCGAAGAAAAGAUCCUGGAGAUCGAAUUCAACGGCACCAAGACGGAACACGGUAUGAUGCAGGUGUGGCCGGUUCGUGUUCCCAGACCCACCACCGAGAAACUGUCCGCUAGCAACCCCUUCAUUGUCGGACAACGAGUCUUGGACGCCUUAUUCCCUAGUGUACAGGGUGGUACCGUCGCCAUUCCCGGAGCUUUCGGGUGUGGUAAAACAGUUAUUUCGCAAUCUGUCUCCAAGUUCUCCAACAGCGAUGUGAUCGUUUACGUCGGAUGUGGUGAGCGAGGUAAUGAAAUGGCUGAAGUUCUGAAAGACUUCCCGGAACUUUCCAUCGAGGUUGAGGGGCGCAGGGAGCCCAUCAUGAAGCGAACAACACUGAUCGCUAACACCUCCAACAUGCCCGUCGCCGCCAGAGAAGCCUCUAUCUAUACUGGAAUUACGGUAGCCGAAUAUUUCCGCGAUCAGGGAAUGAACGUGGCUAUGAUGGCUGACUCUUCAUCGCGAUGGGCCGAGGCUCUGCGUGAAAUCUCUGGUCGUCUUGGUGAGAUGCCUGCUGAUCAAGGUUUCCCCGCCUAUCUCAGUACCAAGCUCGCCAGUUUCUACGAACGUGCCGGCAAGACCCAAUGUCUGGGUUCUCCCGAACGUGAGGGUAGCGUGAGUAUUGUUGGUGCAGUCAGCCCUCCGGGUGGUGAUUUCUCGGAUCCUGUCACCAGUUCUACCCUAUCUAUUGUGCAAGUUUUCUGGGGUCUCGACAAGAAGCUUGCUCAGCGAAAACACUUCCCUUCCAUCAACACCUCAGUAUCAUACUCCAAGUAUACGAACACGCUUGACAAAUGGUACGAAAAGGAAUUUCCUGAGUUCCCUCGGCUCCGUGAUCGCGUCAGACAGCUUCUCUCCGACUCUGAAGAACUCGACCAGGUCGUACAACUAGUAGGCAAGUCAGCCUUGUCUGAUCCUGACAAGAUUACUCUCGAUAUCGCGACCCUGCUCAAGGAAGACUUCUUGCAACAGAACGGUUACUCGAAAUAUGAUCAGUUCUGCCCUCUAUGGAAGACCGAGUGGAUGAUGAAGCUCAUGAUGGGAUUCCAUGAUGAGGCACAGAAGGCGAUCGCUCAAGGCCAGAGCUGGUCCAAAGUCCGUGAAGCUACCAGCGAUCUGCAAGCCCAACUUCGAGGUCUCAAGUUCGAGGACCCCAACGACGGUGAAGAGGCUAUUUGCAAGAAGUACGAGGAGAUCCACCAGUCUUUGAUGGACAAGUUUGCGUCCGUGAUGGACGAGUAA